UCUCUCCAAUGAAAGGCACGAUCCUCUCCUCCUCCAUAUUCAUUCUCUUCCUCUCUCUUAACCCCUCUUGCUAUUUCUCUCUCUCCCCUUCCUCUCUCCGAUCCUUCUAUCACCGGUUCUAAUCAUUCUCGCCCCCCUCGAAUUCUCCCUCUGAGUUGAUUUUGGGGGUGUUCCAUAAGUUAUAUUGAUCUCUGAAACUUAGAAGCCGCAAGCUCUUGUUUUGAUGAUAAUAAGGAUUAAUUUGUAUCCAGAGAAAUCUCUACAUUAUGGAUCAAACAACGGAUUCAGAAAUGGAUCAACAGAGACGAGGCUAUCAUCAUUCUGAACCCUGUAUCCUUACUAGAGGAGCCACAAACAUCUCGCAGCCGAAUAAUAUGCAUGCAAUGGUGAGAGCUUCUGGGAACACAACUAAUGUUGAUUCUCACUUUCUGCCAGAUGCUUAUGACAAUGCUAGGGUGUAUGGUGUUACACAAUACAAUGGCAUUCAGCAUCCCCAUAAUCUUGAUAUGGGUGUGCCAGCGGCAGCCAACUUAUAUUAUUCUGGCAUUAAUCCUUCUUCUGGUGCUGGAGUUUUCCCUCUGCCUCUAAAUCACAGAGCUUCUGAUCAGUUGCCUGGGUCAAGUACAUUUGCAGUUGCUGGGGUUUCUUCUGAUAAUUUUGGAAGAAGUUCUGGUUUCAUUGAUGAUGUUAGAGGUCCCUACAAAAGGAAAAUCGCUGAAGGGAUGAGAGGAAAUUAUCAAUAUUUUAAUGCAUCAUCUAGCUCUUCAAUUGCUCCUCCUAAUGCAAGACGCACUACUGAUGGCGUUGCUAUGAUGGAUGGUGCACCAUUUUCAUUCCGCAUCCCUUCACUUGUGGAAGUAGGACCACAUGGUAGUGCAUGGAGCAGGGCAGGUGAGUCUAUCAUGGUUCAUGACCAUAAUCAUUUGAUUCAUGGAAACUAUUUAGGACAGCACUUUCAGCCAGCUGCUCCUCCGUGGUUGGACCAGCAGUUGAACGGUAAUAAUAAUGAUGGCCAUACUACACCCUGGAAUCAGUCGCUUCCAAUGCCUUAUGUACAAGCACCUACUGUAAAUGGAGGUUCAUUAGAUAGUGCAAGUAUGGGUUUGCAGAGAUAUCAUGAUCCAGCUGGAAGCCGAAAUGGCCUCAGGUUUCCUCACCCUCUUCCUGUCAACCAACAGCACCAUAAUUAUCAUCACCCAGCAAUGCCUAUGCAAGGAGUAAGAGGUCACAAUAUCAACUUUCACCCUGCAGUAACUGCAGCAUCAUUCAGAGUUCCAAUAAACCCUUCACGCGGUGUUGCUAUUCCAGCGCAGCCUGGUUUUGAGCUAGGUCCUAGGCAUGUUGGCCCUGCACCAUCACCCGGCCUCCGGAUUUAUCGACCUCAUAGAGGGAUUGUGCCUGAGACAGCUCUUGGACACCGAAGUCUUCCACCUGUGGGCUUCCUCCAAGUUGAUGAUGUUGCUUUAAUUGAUGAAGUGGGAAAUUUAGUUGAUCAUCACAGAGAUAUGCGCCUGGACAUAGAGGAUAUGUCUUAUGAGGAUCUCCUUGCAUUGGGUGAGAGGAUUGGCAAUGUUAGCACCGGUUUAUCAGAGGAAACAAUUACAAAUCAGUUGAAAACAAAAUCCUAUUCCUCAAUUGCUACUGGUAUUAAUCUGGAGGAGGAAGCUUGUGAUGAUCAGGAAACAGAUUCUUGUAUAAUAUGUCAGGAAGAAUUCAAGAACCAGGAGAAGAUUGGAGUUCUUCGAUGUGAGCAUGAAUAUCAUGCAGAAUGCUUAAAGAAAUGGUUGGUUGUGAAGAAUGUCUGCCCAAUAUGCAAAUCAGAGGCUUUGACUCCUGGAAGGAAGGAUGUAUAGAAGAAAGCAAUGAAAUCCAACAUCUUUCUCUUCCUGCUUAGUGCCUUAAUUUAUUUUUGAACAGAAUUCAUAUUUUGUUAUGUAUUUUGUAUAUGUACUUGCACAUAUAUAGACGUCAUACUGCCCAACUCAUUUAUUGUUGGCACCAGAACUUUGUAUCUAUCAACUUGUACAGACUUUGUUCUGUUUGAUGAAGUAACUUCAGGUAAUCAUAUCACCACCUGCUUCAUUAAUCA